GCGACGUUGGCAGUGAAUGCAGCUUGAUGCAUGAUGUGGCAUUGAGGCAUUGUUCUGAGGACUUGUGAUUGUUCAGGUUGUAUUAUCCAGGACCCUGCCUAGAAACUGUUGUUCGCAUGACGGUGAUUGUAGUCGCUCUACCCGAACUAUCGCAGGCUGACGUCCAAACCUCCUAAUCGUGGCCCGUCUUACCCUCAUCUCAAGGACGAAACCCAGGCCAAAACACAUCAAAGCUAGAGCAAUGACAUCCCCAGCCCGCCCGGCGCACAGCGACAGACGUACGCGGCUGCGUAAACUCGCGGAAGAAACCCUCGACGCCGUCUCAGCAGGGUCCUACACCUCGGAUGACGGCCGGACGUACUCCCUCCUCCGACGCACGCAGUUCUCGACGCAGAAUACACGUUACUACCCGCCCGACUCCGCGGUUUUAUCAGCAUGGUCCACCGCCCCGCGCCUCGUCCCGCCGGGCACGCUAUCGACCGACAUCUCCUUCCUCGAAGUAUCCACGCUCGACGGCGCGCGGCUCCUCUUCACCCAAAGAGGCCGUUCCAGCGACGGGCGCAUCGGCGUGCUGAACUUCGCCUCCGCGAAAAAGCCCGGCGGUGGCUUUCUCACCGGCGCACAGGCGCAGGAAGAAUCGCUCGCGCGCUCGUCAAAUCUCUACCCGACGCUCCUUACCGAGCCCGCGCAGCGCUUCUACACGCUGCACAAUAAGGACGGGAAGGGCGGGUACUACUCGCAUGCGAUGGUUUUCUCGCCGGGCGUCGCGCUCGUCCGCGACGACGCCGGCGCGUGGCUCCCGCCCGUCGAGGUCGACGUCGUCACGAGCGCAGCGGUCAACGCGGGCGUCGCGCGCAAUACGCUGUGGGGCCGCACUGCCGGCCAAGCGGAGGAGACGAAGAUCGCACGCGCGAUGAAAGAGCGCAUGGGUAGGAUUUUGUUUCUGUUCGAGCAGCAGGGCGUAGCGGAGUUGGUCCUUGGCAGCUUUGGCACGGGCGUGUUCAAGAACGAUGUGGCGACUGUGGCCAGGAUAUGGGCGGAGUUGCUGUGUGCGCCCGGCGCCAGGUUCAAAAACAUCUUCGAUCGUGUCCUGUUCGCGAUUAUCGGUCACACGACGUUUGAGGAAUUCCGGGACGCGUUCCAGGCGAUGGCUGCUGGUGCCUAG